AUGGAUGAGGAUGUUAUUUUGAGUAUUGACACUGUGAAUGUGACGAGCCAGCCUGGAAUUGAUUUGAGUGCUUGGCUUAAACCAGGUUCUGAGACUCUACUUGCAGAUGUGGAAGCUGAGCUUGGUUGUAAGCUUGAAAACGUCAACUGGCACCCGGGUUUCUUUGCAAUUGCAUCACAAAUUCAAAUUGCCAGGUCUAAGGUCUAUUGUGCAGGAAAGAUAUAUGGAAUUGAUGCUGCAUCUGGAGCUGCUGUCACGGCAUUAAAUGUUUUGCCAGGGGAUCACAUUCUUGAUCUUUGUGCUGCUCCAGGUAAAGUGGGAGAUGGAAAUACAUGGAGCCAGAGGGAGCGAGCGAGAGAGAGAGAGAGAAAUAAUGGGGAAGAGGAAGAGAGGCAGAAGGAGAGGGGGGACGGAGUGGUGGUCGUGGAGCCCAAGCUCAAGGCUGGCUUCCUUUCUUGUCUGUUGGACGCCGUGGAGGAUCUCGACGUUCGUAUCGCCACAAGCAAGAGCAAGCAGCAACGUCAGUUCUUCCUCACCGACAAGUAUAUGACGGCAAUGGAAAGACUGUCCACGGAUUGCUUGAACGGUGAAUUUGUUAGAGUUGGUCCAAAUGCGAAAUUUGCACCUUUGGCCUAUUACCAUUGGUUUGAUGGAGAUGGGUACACCGGGUACGUCCCGUCGACCUUGAGCUACCGGAUUCGAAGCUCGAGGCAUUUUGAAGAUUCUUGUGAACGCGCCACAGAUGUCCUUAAAGUUCUUGAAGAUGGGGACCUACAAACUCUUGGGCUCAUGGACUAUGAUAGGAGGCUAGAACAUUCCUUUACUGCUCACCCCAAGGUUGACCCAUUUACUGGUGAAAUGUUCACUUUUGGCUACUCUACAACCUCACCUUAUUAUUACUUAUCGAGUUAUUACAAAGGAAGGUGUCAUGCUUGAUCCUGUGCCCAUAACAAUAUCUGCACCGGUCAUGAUGCAUGACUUUGCCAUAACUGAAAGCUUUUCAAUAUUUAUGGAUCUACCCCUGUAUUUCUCACCGAAGAAAAUCAGAAAUCAAUGUUAUUGAAGCUAAAACAAUGACAGCAGAAGCAGUGGCUGUGGUUGAACUUCCUAGCAGAGUUCCGUAUGGUUUCCAUGCUUUAUUUGUUACCAGAGGUUUGUUGCUUAGAAGUAACUGGUUGACUAAAACGUCAUUAGUUGUAAACUAGAUGGCCUAGUUUGUAUCAAAAUCUUGAUCUGAAUCAUCUGCUUUUCCUGUAUGCCGCCACCUCUUUGCUACCAAAUUAAACUUCUUAAAUUGAUGACUUAAUUGCCAUUCAGAUCAUGAGGACUACCAUGCUUCUAGCAUUUUCUGCUCAUGCAAAUUACCUCACUCUAUAUAAUAUAGAUAAAUUUAAAUAUGAAGACGAAAGAAUCUUAGUAGAUUGCAAGGUAGCAGUUAACCUGUGUGCCUAAUACUAUAUAUACU